AUGCCAUUCUUGUACCGAAGGCAUUCAAGUGGUGAAAUCAGGAACUUAGCCUCAGUUUCCAGCAGUCUCUUGCCGGCGUUCGGAACUGUCGUGGGUGAAGGAACUCUGCAACUUAAGAGAUAUGUAAUCGCACCCUAUGACCGUAGAUAUCGGUGGUGGCAAACCUUUCUUGUGGUACUGGUUGUAUACUCUGCAUGGUCAUCUCCUUUCGAGCUAGCAUUCAGAAAAGUGGCCACCGGAUCACUCUUGCCCGUUGAUUUGGUCGUUGAUGCCUUCUUCGCCAUUGAUAUAAUUCUAACGUUCUCCGUGGCUUACUUAGACAAAUCAACCUAUUUGCUCGUUGAUGAUCGCAAGAAGAUAGCUAUUAGGUGGUGGCAAACCUUUCUUGUGGUACUGGUUGUAUACUCUGCAUGGUCAUCUCCUUUCGAGCUAGCAUUCAGAAAAGUGGCCACCGGAUCACUCUUGCCCGUUGAUUUGGUCGUUGAUGCCUUCUUCGCCAUUGAUAUAAUUCUAACGUUCUCCGUGGCUUACUUAGACAAAUCAACCUAUUUGCUCGUUGAUGAUCGCAAGAAGAUAGCUAUUAGGAACUUAGCCUCAGUUUCCAGCAGUCUCUUGCCGGCGUUCGGAACUGUCGUGGGUGAAGGAACUCUGCAACUUAAGAGAUAUGUAAUCGCACCCUAUGACCGUAGAUAUCGGUGGUGGCAAACCUUUCUUGUGGUACUGGUUGUAUACUCUGCAUGGUCAUCUCCUUUCGAGCUAGCAUUCAGAAAAGUGGCCACCGGAUCACUCUUGCCCGUUGAUUUGGUCGUUGAUGCCUUCUUCGCCAUUGAUAUAAUUCUAACGUUCUCCGUGGCUUACUUAGACAAAUCAACCUAUUUGCUCGUUGAUGAUCGCAAGAAGAUAGCUAUUAGGUAUAUGCUUUUAAUCCCCACAUAUUAUUACAAGAUCUAG